GAUCCACCACCACCGAGGGAACCAUGGGAGUCUCCGUUGGAGCGCAAAGCCAGAAGGCAUCGAGAGAAGGUUCAGGCACACAAAGCGGCACAGAAGAAGAUCAUCGACACCUAUGAUCCUCACAAGGACGCCAAUGCAAGCGGUGAUCCCUUUAAGACUCUCUUUGUUGGCCGCAUAAGCUACGACACGACAGAAAAGAAGUUGAAGCGAGAGUUCGAAGUCUUCGGGAGCAUCAAGAAGGUUCGCAUGGUCUACGAUCAGAAGGGCAAGCCGAGAGGAUAUGCAUUCAUUGAGUUCGAACAUGAGCGCGAUCUGAAGAAUGCCUACAAGCAGGGCGAUGGCAAGAAGAUUGACGGUCGCCGUGUCAUGGUGGACGUGGAGCGCGGCCGCACAGUCGAGGGCUGGCUUCCUCGCAGGCUUGGUGGCGGACGAGGACCUGGUCGCCAAGGCAAGCCUUCCAAGAAGAAGCAGAGGAGGCUCGCGGAAACCACUGAGAAGCUGAAGGAAAAGGAGAAGGAGGAGAAGGCAGACAAGAAGAAGGACAAGGAAAAAGACAAGGAUAAGGAAGAUGAUGACAAGAAAGACAAGAAAGGAAGAGACAAGGAAAAGGAGAAGGAAAAGGAGCGCGAGCGAGAGAAGGAGAAGGACAAGAAGAAGGACAAGGAGAAGGAGCGCAAACGCGAACGCUCUCGCAGCCGCGACCGCGACCGCAAGAAGUAG